GCUACUCCCACAUCUCCCUCACCCCGCCUUCACAACAGAGUCUAUCAACCUCGCUUUAGACCCAGCCUCGCCUCGGCAACUGGGCUCAGGGAGACGGCUCCGCGAAGUUUUCCCAGCCCCACCAACAUCACCGGCCCGCCGAAGAGGCUUUCUCGGACGACCCCCACGACGGAUGGUCAGUUGCGGGUGGCGAACCCGCAGAGUCAGUAUUUGCGUCAGCCGCACUCACCCGAGCAGACGCAAACCAGAAGGCGUUCACUCGACGCCUCGGACAACUUGUACCUGUCCCCAUUGAAGACCUCCACAGAGAUCGUGAAUGCGUCCACACGCUGGACCAACAAUGAAACGGAGGCCAAACAAGGCACAAGGUACUCGGAACGAGUUUCUCAUGGACAGUGGCGACCCAGAAGCGCCUAUGAUCCGUCGGCAAAGUUACUUGUUUUGGUAUAA